AUGCUGCUCUACAGCCUAGCUGCAUACGCAGAGCAGAUACAACUCAAAUACCAGAAAUUUUCCACAUUCAACUCUCGCGCUCGCAACACUGAAGUCGCCAAGGGCAAGACUGCCCAGACUGACCCAUAUUGGAACCCCACGACCCAAUGCUCCGCCCUCGACCAUGUGCAACUCCUCGAAAGCCAGAUAAAGUCGCACAACAAGGAGAUCACUAGCUGCAACAAGAUCGAAAAGAUCCAAGCUGAGAUCGUCCCCAUUCCUCAAGUGCUCUUCGGCCACUACAAGCCCAAGCGAGACAAGCUCGAGCAAAGCCGUCAGGCAGCGUGGCAACCACGCGCAAAAGAGCGGGAAAAGUCAAAGAAAGCUGCAGAGGAGGUAGUAAAGGCGGAGCAAAACAAGCAAGACAGGUCAAAGAAGCUGAGAGCCUAUCACGACGAUUUCGAUACGUAUACAGGCACAGCACGCGACUCUUCGUCCCGGCCUUCUUCAUCUCGCACAGUCGUAUCUUCAGAGAAGCUCCCAGAGAAUCCACAGCAGAGCACGACUUUGAAGCGCAAGCGCAGCGAAGAUCAGCAACAGCCAGUAGAGAUUCCAACAGUAAAGAAGGCCAAAGCCAGCAACAUCUCGACCGGCUUCAGUGCAGAGAAGCUUGCCACACUUGGACGCAUCCCAAAGAAGUCAAAGUCUCCAGCAGAGGAGGAGACUCACGCCAUAUCGCCACCAAAGGCCAACAAGCGCAAGCGACCAGCGCACGACGGACUGGACGAGAUGGCUCCAAAGCGGCGCAACACUGCGGCAUCGAAGGCAUCACCAAAACCAGAGUCCACGCCCCAGCCCAGAGAGAGUGCGCCCAGACGUAGCGCCAGACUCAAAGUGGGAACUGCCAGCAAGAAGACGGUCACGUUCUCGGCAUCGCCCCAGGGUGAAGAACAAGUGGUGGAGAUGAACUGCGGUUUCAAGCGAAGCUUCGAUACCAUCGGCGACCUGGAGUUCAUCGAGCAUGAGCUGAAUUGCGCGCAGUGCCGCAAGGAGACCUGCAAGCCGAAUGGUUUCCUUGGCUUGAGUGACAGAGGCGCUUUCAACAGCGCUCUUCAAUUGCUCGAUGCUGCGCUCAUUGAUGAGCAAGUCACUGCAUUGAUCGGAGACAGUACUCCAAACGACUACGGUCUAGCCGAGAAGGAGAGCAUUUCGUACGUCAUAGUGCGAAACAAGGCACGGAGAGCCAGCUUCGAAGGGAAGAUCGCCGACGCACGCAGCCAGCUUCAAGCGCUAUCCAAAGAGGAUAUUCUUCUCGCCCCCUACGUCGGCCAGGCGUUGCAGAAGGUGCGAGGUGAAGACGAUCGCGAAGUCAGCACACUGCUGGCACAGAUGUCGUUCGAAGUGAAGGUGGAGAAAGUGGCCGCAAAUGCCACCUACUGCCUCCACAAGAUCCUGGCAAUCCUGAUUGAAGAGCACCCGACUCUUCGCAAAGUCUUCGAGGUCAGAUUGAAGACGACCAGGAAGUGCUCCAGCAGUGACUGCCGGUCCAUCCCAAAGGAGGAGAUCACUGCCGACCUGGCCAUGCGUCUUCAAGCAAGAGACCCAGAGAUGGAGAUCAUCGUGGAAGACGGCGAGGAGCUAGAGGCAGAGGUCAAGUUCACCAUGCGGGACUUGAUCGCGGAGGCUGUGGCCGGCGGCAGCACGGGGGACGAAGAGGUGGAGUGUCAGAGCUGCGGGACUGGCGGUGCUGUGGUGAUGACCAAAGAGGUUACCAGGUAUCCAUCCAGUCUCGUCAUCUCAAUUGACCACAGCACGAGUUCUGAGAUGGCUGCGCUUGACAUGGACGGCAUCAAGGUCAACGAGAAGGUGUACCGCACGGAGGCCGUGGUACAUAAGGAGAAGACCGGUGCCUUUGUGAGCUUUCGUCGGACUGGCGACUCUUGGUGGAGGAUGAGAGAUGAGGACGUGGAUCAGGUCAGGGCCUUCCAGGUUCAAGACCACGUCCGUGGACAGUGGGUACUUGCUCUGCUGAAGCAGAAAACAACACCACACGUCGCACCCCUCAUCAUGGCACCUGCAAUGCGGGCGCAACUCCCGGCGAUGCCCCUGACGGACGGCGGCAUUAAGUACGAGAAGCGUCUCCGCGACAUCCAAGCGGGCAAAGCCAAGUUCAGCGAAAAGAACACCUCGCAGCGCAUCAAGGCUUUCAGGACUGCCGUGGAUGUUGCAAAGAACACGGUCGUGAAAGAAGAGCGCCUGGUCAAGUACAAGCAAGGCCGCAUCGACAAGAACGACGAGGUCGCAAAGGCUUACAAGGAAGCCAACGACAGACUCGCCGCAGCGAGGGCCACUGCGCAAGACUCAACCGGCUACAACCCCUUCGCCAAGAGAAGCGCCAACGCCCCCAAGCCCAAGAUCACCAAGAAGACUGUGAGAGUACCACUCGCACAGCAACCAGGUGCCAUCAACCGUCCUGUGCAGCGCAAGCAGGCCUCAGGCAAGGACGUGACGCAGAGACUGACGCAGGAUGCUGGUAUCCAGAAGAACUCCAGCAACCGCGAUGCAAAGAAGAACGUGGCGAAGAAAGUCACGCAGAAGGAGAUGAGCGAGGAGGAGGUCGAGAACAAGGGCAAGGAGAGCGCUCUCGAGGCGGACGCAGCCAAGUCUGCAAAGAAGCGCAAACUCACCGAGUCCGCCGGCCAGGAAGAGCAGGGACCAUCGAAGAAGGCUCGUUCAAGCCCAGAGCUGACCGAGGAGAAGACCGAGUCGAAGCCAUCGGCCGCGCAAACCAAGAAGGCGCAAACCACCUCGACCACCGCUCCACGCAAGGCAAAGAAGAGUGUGAAAAAGCUUGCUCCGGUGGCUCUCUUUUCGGAUUCUGAGAGCGAAGACGGUCCUGAUGGCGACUCCGAGAUGCUGGGCGACAGAGACCUGGAAGCAUGCGAGACUGGCACAGCCAGCAAGCAUGAUGCCGAGAAAGCAGCCACAAGUGCCAGCGCCAACAAAAAGCGCAAAGCCGAUCAGCCUCUCGAAGAUGAAGGCUUCCGCGCAACAAAGAAGGCCCAGCAAUCCUCUGAGGCAGACCUGGCGAAGGCUGGAGAUGAGCCCACCUCCCAGGCAUCGAAGGCAAACGGCAGUGGCAGCAGCGAGCCAAAGCCUGUUGUCGCUCAAGGCGAGCAGCAAGAGGAAGUGGACGAUGGCGGCCGCUGGAGAGAAGUGGAUCAAGGCCUCAAGGAGCCCGAGAGCAUCUUCGAGGCCGCCUCCUCUCGCUCCCUGAACACAAGCGAUGAGGCUCACCAGCUACGCGGCCUUCUCAACUCGCAAAAUGCAUGCUUUGCGAAUUCGGCAGUCCAGGUGUUGAAUUCCGUGCUCUCGGACGAGCAAGUCGAGACGCUGAGAGGCGAGGCUGACCUCUCACUGUUCGGCAUUGACUACAAGAAGCUGAUGCAGACGACCGACAAGCCGGGACAAGAGCCGCCAAAGAUCCAAGACUUGCGGACCAACAUCAGCGCCACCGCAGCCAUCUACGGAAACAUCAAGGUCGCCCCAUACCUUGGCCAGCUGCUCAUUGACUUGCGCGAUAGGGCAAGCCACAAGAGCAAGAAGAACGAAGGCGAGCAGUUUGUCACGCCCGUUCUUUUCCAGCAAGUCUUCGCCUAUGGCUGCGGCGAAGCCGACGCCAGACUGAGGUUCAAGUGCUCGACCCAGGAAGAUAGCCAGGAGUACUUGAUGGAGGUCAUCAAUGCCCUCGUCGAGGAAGGGCACACCUUCGUCCGCGACCUCUUCAAGAUCGGAAAGACGACCACGAAGAAGUGCACCGCUUGUGGAAAUGAGUCGACUCAAGAAGACUCUGACAAGGACUCAGACAUCACCAUCUCGGUGAUGCCGUCAAAGAGCAAGUCGAAGCUCGCUGACCUGCUCGACGAGAAACUCCAUGAGACAAGCCGACCUCAGGGAUGCAAGUGCGAGAAAUGCGGUGUCAGCGACGCACGCGAGAACGUCAGCUCAAUCACCAAGCUGUCUGAUGAUGUCCUUGUCCACGUGGAACGCACCGGCAGCGAGAAGAAGGAGACCGAGGCAGCAGCUCGGAUCUUCAAAGACAAGACUGUCGUCGAGUGGGCCGCCGAAGGCACCCAGUUCCAAUUUGGCGACGAUCAGUACGAGGUCGCUGCCGUCAUUCGCCAUGAGGGCAGCAAGUCGACUGCGGGCCACUACGAUGCUUUUGUCAAGCAUGACAACAACUGGAACCAGUUGAACGACCAGAUCGUGAAGCAAGACAUCUCGACAAAGCAGAUGGCCGACGGCAUCAAGGGACAGUGCGCCGUCAUCCUCCUUCGCAAGUUGGCCCAGUAG